AUGUCUAACGCUCAAAUGAAUAUUCUAGGUAUAUACGCACCAUGGAACUCGCAGAACACUUUGUUUCACAAGACAGCCUUUUUCACUCUUUUCUUGCCUACUACAGUGACUUUUCGUACAACGGACAUAUGGCGAUCGUAUAUAGCCCAAAAGCUUCUGCAUAUGAUCGGAGAGACAGUGGCGUUCUAUCCACCCAAUGCUGUGCAAUAUAGAAAUGCUCAUGAUUACCUGGCCGAUUUCGAGGAUGAGAGGGAUGUCUACCUCAAAUCGGGAAAGCUCAUCGAGUUUCUUGAUGAAUGGAACUGUACACAUGCAGAAAUGGACAAAUGUACUGCAUUGCUUGCACAGCAACUUUAG